GUCUGCUGUCAUCAAACAGUAUGGAGGCUUUUGUAGCUGAGCGGUGAGGAGUGCGGUUUUUAUUUCUCCAAAAGCGGAGAAACUGACAGGAUUCGGCAGAACGAGGUCGUUCACAACGGAGAGUAAAACCUCCAACUGAACAAGAAGGUCAUUAAACGGUCUUUGAGAGAAACUGAAGUGCUGAGUGUGUCUGGAGUUGAGUGUGAGUAUAGUGUCAUGGCAGGGACCUCAGAGUCAGAGAAACGCUUCAGGUUCGUGGUCGUAGGUGGAGGCAUCGCUGGAGUGACCUGUGCAGAGCAGCUUGCAUUGCAGUUCCCUUCUGAGGACAUUGCUCUGCUGACAGCUGCUCCACUGGUGAAGACUGUGACAAAUUUCAGACAGGUUUCCAAGACUUUAGAGGACUUCAGUGUGGAAGAGCAGCCAGCCAGUGUUUUGGAGGAGAAGUAUCCAAACCUGAAAGUUAUUCAGUCAGCAGUUAAAGCCCUCCAAGCAAAGCAACAUAUGUUGCAGACUGAGAAUGGGCAGGUAUUUCAUUAUGAGAAGCUGUGUCUCUGCAGCGGCGCCAGACCUAAACUCCUUAUCCAGGAUAACCCAAACGUGCUGGGCAUACGAGACACGGACAGUGCCCAGGAAUUUCAGAAGCAUUUAUCCAAAGCCAAGCGCAUGGUAGUUGUUGGAAAUGGAGGCAUUGCUUUGGAAUUAGUGUAUGAAGUGGAGGGCUGUGAAGUGAUCUGGGCUAUAAAGGACAAGGCCAUAGGGAAUACAUUCUUUGAUGCAGGAGCUGCUCAGUUUCUCAUCCCCUCACUGGAGGCAGACAAGCCAGAAAAAGCACUGCCCUGCAAGAGAACACGCUACACCGCUGAUAAAGCCACAACCUCUAAAGAUGGAUCAGGAGAGCUUGGUAGUGCCUUAGGUCCAGACUGGCAUGAGGGCAUCAGCCUAAGAGGAACAGAGGAGGUGUCCCACAGAGUCCAUGUAGAAUAUGAGUGUGAGAUUAAAACGAUGUACUCACAGCAAGACUUUAUGAAAUCGCCACUCCAUACACAGGAAACGGAUUUAGGGCUGUGGCCAGUUUAUGCCCAUUUAACCAAUGGGAAGACGUUUGGCUGUGACUUCAUAGUCAGUGCUACAGGUGUGGUGCCAAACACUGAACCUUUUCUCCAUGGCAACAAUUUUGAACUGGCAGAGGACCGAGGGCUGAAGGUCAACGAGCACAUGCAGACAUCUGAACCAGAUGUGUAUGCAGCUGGAGACGUGUGCACUGCAGGCUGGGAGCCCAGUGCCCUCUGGCAGCAGAUGCGUUUGUGGACGCAGGCAAGGCAGAUGGGCUGGUACGCUGCACGCUGCAUAGCGGCCGAUGUGUUGGGAGAAUCUAUCGAGCUGGACUUCUGCUUCGAGCUCUUCUCUCAUAUCACCAAGUUCUUCAAUUAUAAGGUGGUGCUGUUGGGAAAGUUUAAUGCACAGGGCUUAGGCUCGGAUCAUGAGCUGCUGGUGCGCUGCACGAAAGGUGAAGAGUAUGUGAAGGUUGUGCUGAGUGGCGGCCGCAUGAUGGGGGCCAUCCUCAUUGGAGAGACGGACUUGGAGGAGACGUUUGAAAACCUUAUCCUUAACCAGAUGGACCUGUCCUCAUAUGGCGAAGAGCUUCUGAACCCAAAUAUUGACAUCGAGGACUACUUUGACUGAUCGUGCUGGUUUUACCAAGUCAAGAAUGUUGAGGAACGUUUAGUUCAGGGAUUGUGGGUUUUAUCGUCAUAAGAUUCAAAUAAUCAAACAGGGAGGAAACGCUCUCAAAGAGAUUCAGUGCAAUAUUGUUAUCUCAAUAUGUUUAUAUGAGUGUUUACUUAAAAGAAGAAACAAGCACCUUACUAGGGGUUUGAUGAACAUGGUUUAUAAAAUAAUUUAAUAUUCUGACUUUUUUUGUAAAAAGAGAAAAAGCACCAUGACAGCAUCCAUGGGCUGUAUAAAGAUCCAGUCCUGCUGGACAUUCAGAAUGAUUUUGCUUUCAAGACUUGAACUCUUACUAGCUGUCCAGUUAUGAAAUAAAUGAGUAUUUCAUUA